GAGAGAGAGAGAGAGAGUGGUUGUUGAAGGGGGGAGAGGUCAGGUUGAGAAAGAAAAGGAAGAAAGCUCCACAUCACAGCCGUCUUCUUCCUUCCAGCUUUACCUUGAGGUACCCGACAUGGACCCGUCUCCCCUCCGGAACCACUCCUCCAACCGGACCAAUGAGAGCCUCGUGAAUACCAACACGGGCACCACGGUGGGCGCCCUGAUCCUCAGCCUCGUCUUCCUCCUGGGUUUCCCCGGCAACCUCUUCAUCAUCUGGAGCGUGCUGGCGCGCGCCCGGAGGCACUCGGUCACCACGCUGCUCAUCCUCAACCUGGCCAUCGCCGACGGCUCCCUGAUGGCCCUCACCCCGUUCUUCGUGGUCUACCUGGUGAUGAAGAGGUGGGUGUUUGGCAACGUGAUGUGCAAGCUGCUCUUCUACCUGUGCUUGGUCAACAUGUACGCGUCCAUCCAGCUCAUCAUGCUCAUGAGCAUCUACAGGCUGGUGGCGGUGCUGUGGCCGCAGCGCGUCACCGUCAUCACCGGCCGCAAGGCGGUGCUGCGCGGGCUGGCGGUGCUGUGGGUGCUGGUGAUGGUCGCCUCCGUCCCCGCCAUGAUCUUCAGGAAUGAGAACCGGGAGGGCCACGCCUUGGUGUGCGAAGCGGCGCAUCAGGAACGCAGCCACGUGGUCCUCCAGUACACGCUGGAGCUGGUGUUGGGCUUCCUGGUUCCCUACGCGGUCAUCGUGGUCAGCUACAUCUGCAUCCUGCGGCGCCUCCGGCAGACCAAGUUCCGCCGUCGCAUCCGCAGCGAGAAGCUCAUCCUGGCCAUCGUGUUGACCUUCUGCCUCUUCUGGUUGCCCUACCACGUCAUCAACAUGGUGCAGGUCACAUGGGCUUUGUGUCCAGAAGGUCAAGUAAAAGCAACGCUGAACACCAUCUGGCACAAGAGCCGUGCCGUCACCUCGUCCAUCGCCUUCAUCAGCAGCUGUGCCAACCCGGUGCUCUACUUCUUCGCGGGGAAGUCGUACAUCCGGCGCGAGGGCCUGGCGUUCAUGGCCCGCUUGUUCGAGGGCACGGGGCUGGACUCGGCCACCAGGAAGAGCCGCCAGAACAGCCAGAACAGCCGCGACAAAGAGAAGGACGCCGACGCCGUCAUGCUGAAGGACAAAGACCCGGAGUCGGUCACCAACUCGAACUCUAACACCAAACCGGUGAAGAACGGUAAGUAGAGGACACGAGGCUCCGCGGGCUGGAAGCCGGUGUCCCCCCCCCCCCCCCCACCCCCCCAGCUGGUUACUGCCACUCAAGGAAAGACACGCUGGUCCUGGGUCAGCUGGCGGCCUGAUGCAUCCUUUUGAGCCGGUGCUUAAAACACAGCUGUUUAUAGGCUGAGAUAUGAACCUCGCUCUGCUCUGAACUGUGUUUCAUGUGGAGAGAAAUGUGGAGUAUCAUCCAGGACCCCGGCGGUGCCUUAUGGAUCUUUUUUUAUGGAUUUUUUGUUUGUUAAUGCAAUGUUUUUGUUUUUUUGACAACGCCUGCUGUAAGCACCGGAGCGAGGACACACUCUAUUCCCUCAGUGACGAGCACAAAUCCAGAGCUUCUUCCAUCUGUUGGUCUGUUUUAAAGCUGUUUUAUUUCUGGCCACACGGGGGCAGUAGAGAGCAAGCUGUAAACACAACAAUGACCCUCUGGAGGUGAUACGGUGGACGUGUCGUUUGAUGCUCAUGAGACCAUGAGAACAGGGAAUGGAAACCAUAAUGUUGUGUGCCGUAAAAAAAUAAAAUAAAGAAAAUGAGCUGAAAGAAAACAUAAAUACAGCGUUGGGCUGACGGGGUGAUUCACUGUUUGUCACCCGUUGCACAUCACAUUCGAUUUCAUUGCCGGCAUGAACGUGUUGACUGGUGCAGCUUUAAGGAGACGACAAUGAACUGGAAUGAAGUGAAUCAUUUUAAUUUAAUUUUUUUCUUCUUAGAAAAAGAGAGGUUCGUGUGUUACGCAAUGAGCUGGACAUUU